CGUCCCGCCCCGCCCCCCGCCGCCGCUCCGCACGGUCCGCGCGUGUCCGGCCGCGCCGGUAACCGAGGGCGCACGGACUGUACCGGCCCCAGCCGCCCUCGGGGAGCGGAACGGCAACGCCUGACAUAAGUCACUCGUCUAGUCUGGCGUGUCCUUUACGGAAAACGGGAAAACCCCGGUGUUUUUGCCCAUGUAGCGUUUUCCAGCCGGUGAGAGCAAAGCCCUGCCGCGCCGAGCUUGCUAACCAGGUGCGGAGCAUCACCAAGUCACGGAAGGAAUUYACCAGGACCGUGUUUCCCCCUGAUCCCAGGGAUCGCUGGUGCACCAGGCAGAGGAGGAAGCCAUGGUGUGCAUUCCCUGCAUUGUGAUCCCUUUUCUACUCUGGUUCUACAAGAGAUUCCUGGAGCCCUACAUCUACCCUGUGUUCGCGCCGCUCUUCAGGCGCCUGCGGCCCAAGAAGCCUGUGCAGGAGCCAGCAGAUGCCAAGAAAACUGUGCAGGAGCCAGCAGAUGGCACGACGCCUGUGCAGGAGCCAGGAGAUGCCCAAACGACUGUGCAGGAGCCAGGAGGCAGCGCACCAGCAGAUGCCCAAAAGGAGCCAGGAGGUAGCGCUGGGGAUCCUCAGGGAGGAUCACCUCCAGGUGCCGAAGGAGACAAGCAGGAUGGACCACCUAAAAGCCAGAAACCUGAAAGCAAUGGCGUUCCAAGAGGAAUUUUUACAAAGAAAUCCGCAAGAAUUAGCAAGAAAACGGAUUAAAGGAGUAAAUUCCUAAGAAUUUUAUUCCCUCGCAUCCAGUAUGAACUGCUGAUACUCCUCUCACUUUGASACCUUUUUCUUUGCACAUUUUAGCUGAAUAAAAACCUUUAUUGCUUGCA